UCGACAGGCAGUCGGCAGCGCAGGCUCUACGGUCGGUAUGUAGUAGUGGAGGGAGCGUCUGUCUUGGACUAAGAACAGAGGAAACGCUUUGAACAGAAAAUAACAGCAGUGGGAUUUAAUAUAAAACCUGACGAGGAUGAGACACAAUUUGUCCGCUUGAAGGAAAUUAAAACGCCGUUAUUCCUCUGAUUUAUCACCGCUUUUUACAAAAAUGGCGAAUGACUCUCCGGCUAAGAGCCUGGUGGAUAUAGACCUGGCAUCACUGAGGGACCCAGCUGGGAUUUUCGAGUUGGUGGAAGUAGUAGGAAAUGGCACCUAUGGACAAGUGUAUAAGGGUCGACAUGUUAAGACGGGCCAGCUGGCGGCCAUCAAGGUCAUGGACGUCACAGAGGAUGAAGAGGAGGAAAUUAAGCUGGAAAUCAACAUGCUGAAGAAGUAUUCGCACCACAGAAAUAUAGCCACAUAUUAUGGAGCCUUCAUCAAGAAAAGUCCACCAGGCCACGAUGACCAACUCUGGCUUGUUAUGGAGUUCUGUGGUGCCGGCUCAAUCACAGAUCUGGUGAAAAACACCAAGGGCAACUCACUGAAGGAGGACUGGAUUGCCUACAUCUCCAGAGAGAUCCUCAGGGGAUUGGCUCACUUACACGCCCAUCAUGUGAUCCACCGAGACAUCAAGGGACAAAACGUGCUGCUGACUGAAAACGCUGAGGUCAAACUGGUGGAUUUUGGUGUAAGCGCUCAGCUGGACAGGACAGUGGGCCGAAGGAACACCUUCAUUGGGACGCCCUACUGGAUGGCUCCGGAGGUUAUUGCUUGUGAUGAAAACCCUGAUGCUACCUACGAUUACAGGAGUGACCUGUGGUCCUGUGGCAUCACAGCCAUAGAGAUGGCUGAGGGAGCUCCCCCUCUGUGUGAUAUGCAUCCAAUGAGAGCCCUCUUCCUCAUUCCCAGAAACCCUCCCCCUCGACUGAAGUCCAAAAAAUGGUCCAAGAAGUUCUUCAGCUUCAUCGAGGGCUGCCUGGUGAAGAACUACACCCAGCGCCCCCCGACUGAGCAGCUUCUGAAACACCCCUUCAUUCGCGACCAGCCCAAUGAGAGGCAGGUCCGCAUCCAGCUCAAAGACCACAUCGACAGAACCAAGAAGAAAAGGGGCGAGAAAGAUGAGACAGAGUAUGAAUACAGUGGCAGUGAAGAAGAGGAGGAAGAAGCUUCUGAGCAAGAAGGAGAGCCAAGCUCCAUCGUCAACGUUCCCGGUGAGUCAACUCUGCGCCGCGACUUCAUCCGUUUGCAGCAGGAGAACAAGGAGCGCUCGGAGGCCCUGCGCCGCCAGCAGCUCCUGCAGGAGCAGCAGCUCCGGGAGCAGGAGGAGUACAAGCGCCAGCUGCUUGCUGAGAGGCAGAAACGAAUUGAGCAGCAAAAGGAGCAGCGGAGGCGGCUGGAGGAGCAACAGCGACGUGAGCGCGAGAUGAGGAGGCAGCAGGAGCGCGAACAACGUCGACGGGAGCAGGAGGAGAAGAGGCGCAUUGAGGAGAUGGAGCGUCGUCGCAAAGAGGAGGAGGAGCGCAGGAGGGCCGAGGAGGAGAAGAGGAGAGCCGACCGUGAGCAGGAGUAUAUCCGGCGCCAGUUAGAGGAGGAGCAGAGGCACCUGGAGAUCCUCCAGCAGCAGCUUCUUCAUGAACAGGCCAUGCUUCUUGCUGAUGAACGUUACAGGAAGAACAUCCAGGGUUCUCCACAAUCAGCGCAGACCAAACCACAGCAGCCUCCGGUGCCACCACGCUCAGAGCCGUUACACGCUAAUGGGAACGCUGCAUCUGAGGCGCCAGCGAUGCACCGGCCUGUGGAACCACAGGUCCGUUCCCAUCUGGCUGCUCUCAAGAGCAGCAGCAGUGUGGCUUCUCCAAACUCAUCCGCUUCAACCCCACCUGCCAUGUCCCGGUCGCACUCCUUCACAGAGCCACUAACACCUAGCUUUGAAAACCACCACCUGCACAAAAGCCAUGAAUCCCACCAGCACCAUAUUCCUCCAUCCUCAUCAUCAUCACCAUCAUUCUUAUCAUCAACGCCUGCACGCACUGAGCCACAAAACCAUCCCCAGUCCAGACCCAUGCCCAAUGAAAAGGUCCCGUCAGAAGAUGCCCCGCCGAGGGUUCCUUUAAGGACAACAUCGAGGUCUCCGGUGUUGUCAAGGCGAGACUCGCCUCAUCACCAUAGCAACGCCCCACAGAGCAGGGACGUCCUUCGAAAUGCUGGCAGUUCAGCAGAGCCUCGGCUCCUGUGGGAACGGGUGGAGAAACUUGUUCCCAAAACGAGCGGUAGUAGCGGCAGCGGAGGCUCCAGUUCCUCCAGCAGCUCCAGUAACUCCAGCUCUCAAUGUGGCUCUGGAGAGAGGUUCAGGGCCCGCUCUUCUUCCAAAGCGGAGGGUUCGCCCCUCCAGCGACCAGAGAAUGCUGGGAAAAAGCCGGAGGAGAGGAGGGACUUGGUGAGGCCGAACAAACCAGCGGACCUGACCGCUCUGGCGAAGGAGCUGCGUGCAGUGGAUGAUGUUCGUCCCCAGGGUAAGGUGACAGAAUACUCAUCCUCCAGCGAAGACUCAGACACCACUGAUGAAGAUGAUGAUGAAGAGGUGGACCAGGAGGCAGGUGAAGAGUCGACAUCUGGGCCAGAAGACACCAAAGCUGUUUCUUCCAAGCUGAGUAACGGGGAGACAGAGUCAGUGAAAACCAUGAUAGUUCACGACGAGGGUGAGAACAAAGCAGGGACGACCCGGUGCAAAGACAGCACGCUGGUUGUCAGACAGAGUGCAGGUGACAACAGAAAGCGUGUGGCCCCCACGUCAGGCCAAACGCAGACCCUUAGCCUACUUGCAGGCUUCUCUCCGAGCCCCGGCUCGGCUUCAGGGCAGGGACUCAUCCUCCACACCCCCAGCCCCCCAAACCAUCAUCAUCACCACCACCACCACCACCCCACGCAGCAUGCUGACAGGAAUGGCUUUGCUGGCCGCAUCCAUCACCUCCCAGACCUGAUCCAACAGAGCCACCAUUCCUCCCCCUCCUCCUCCGCAUCCAACUCCCCUUCUUCCUCCAGCCUUGCCAGUCCCUCCACCAUGUCCCCCCAGAGUCCCCUGGAGAAGCUCGGUAUCCUCACAGAGAGCCAGUCGAGUAACAACAUGCAGAAACACAAGUCCUCUUCGUCCUUCACUCCGUUCAUCGACCCACGCCUCCUCCAAGUGUCUCCAUCCACAGGCAGCGCCCUCAACAAUGUCGGCUACGGGAACGACGCCCGGCUGGCAGAGGCGCUGAGAGCGGACCCGUCUCGGAAAGGCUCCGUGGUUAACGUCAACCCCGUCAACACUCGCCCUCAGAGCGACACGCCAGAGAUUCGCAAAUACAAGAAGAGGUUUAACUCUGAGAUCCUGUGUGCCGCACUCUGGGGCGUGAACUUGUUGGUGGGAACAGAGAGCGGCUUAAUGCUGUUGGAUCGCAGCGGUCAAGGAAAGGUUUACCCACUGAUCAAUCGACGGCGCUUCCAGCAGAUGGACGUCCUGGAAGGACUCAAUGUUCUGGUCACUAUAUCAGGUAAAAAGAACAAGCUCCGUGUAUACUACCUGUCCUGGCUGAGGAACAAGAUCCUUCACAAUGACCCUGAGGUGGAGAAGAAACAGGGGUGGACCACAGUAGGGGAUCUGGAAGGCUGUGUUCACUACAAAGUUGUAAAAUACGAGAGGAUCAAGUUCUUGGUUCUGGCUCUGAAGAACUCUGUGGAGGUCUACGCCUGGGCACCCAAACCUUACCAUAAGUUCAUGGCCUUCAAGUCUUUUGGUGACCUGGUGCACAAGCCCCUGCUGGUCGACCUCACAGUGGAGGAAGGCCAAAGGUUAAAGGUAAUCUACGGCUCCUGCUCAGGCUUCCACGCUGUCGACGUUGACUCCGGGGCGGUCUAUGACAUCUACCUGCCGACCCACAUUCAGAAUAAUAUCCAGUCUCACGCCAUCAUCAUUCUCCCAAACACUGAUGGCAUCGAGCUGCUGGUGUGCUACGAGGACGAGGGCGUUUACGUCAACACCUACGGGCGCAUCACCAAGGACGUGGUGCUGCAGUGGGGGGAGAUGCCCACCUCAGUGGCUUACAUUCGUUCCAACCAGAUCAUGGGCUGGGGUGAGAAAGCCAUAGAGAUCCGCUCAGUGGAGACCGGUCAUUUGGACGGAGUCUUUAUGCAUAAGAGAGCCCAGAGACUCAAGUUCCUCUGUGAAAGAAAUGAUAAGGUUUUCUUUGCCUCUGUUCGGGCCGGAGGCUCCAGCCAGGUCUACUUCAUGACUCUGGGGCGAAGCAACCUUCUCAGCUGGUAGAGGUCCACGCCCUGCCAUCCUUUUUUUCUCCUCCUUCUCCUCAUCCUUCGCAUCGUCCCCCACCUCGCUAACACUGGAUCUCAGAACCCACCUCUGAUGUUUCUGUAAAUCCUCGGACAACGAAAAGAGAAACAAACACAACAGCUGACUGGCCCGUCAGAGAAGUCGGCAGCGACAACUUCAGCUUAUGGAGCUCGACCCAGUGCCCUGGGGCUCAACCUACGACCCAGUCGCUGCCCCUCAGAAAUACCGGAAGUGACGACUUGCUUAUAGAAGUGAAUCAAUAGCUUACAUGUUAAAGGAGGUAGAAAUUAACCUAAUGUGAAUUUAAGAAAAGAGGACAGACAACGUUGUGUUUUCCUCUCAGCUGUCUUGGUGCUUGUCGUGUUACGAUGGGAUCGAUGUUGAACUUCUGCUUCGUUUCCGUGCUCUCGGGUUGGUCAGUAACAUCGAUGUCUUUUAACUAGGAGUCUUGCAAACGCUACUAUCACUUCUACUACUUCUACUUUCUGCAGGUCUGCCUCUUGUAAGGGAGCUUUUCCACCCUCUGAGUUUAAGGCCAGAGUUUGCCUUUUUUAUGCCACAGGGGUGUGUAUAAAAGUAGAUUCAGGCCAGAAGAUCCAUCCGGGAUAAACCACAAAACUCUGGAUCCAGACAAGCAAGUGGGUGAGACCUGGUGUUAAACAGGGGCGUGUGUGUGUGAUGUGCUUUAAAGAAAACGGGAUGACGGAGAGAGAAAGGACCGAUCAGGCAGAUGGAUUUCAAAUUAGUAUUUUAUGAAUUCUUAUAGAGAGGUGUAACGUCGAGUUAAACAUGUCUUUAAGCUUUUAUUUUCCAUUCAUGCACAUUCAGCCACAGUCCAUUACUUGCUUGCUUCCUCCUUGGUGAGGCUUAUGUAAAGAAAGCAACAUGGGUGUGAUCCUACAAAUCAAAUCAACCUGUCGACGGUGACAGCCUGAGCUCCACUUAAGAAACUUGAACGGCUGUGAAUAGCUAUUCCAUGAGAAAAAAAAGCUGGUUUUGGACUGACGAAUUAGAAGAACGUUUAGCAUGUGUGCGUGCGUAUGUGUGGUCGGAGAGUUUGAAGUUGACGGCGAAUUGAAUUCCCAUGGCAGAGAGGGCAAACGCAUGGUUCAGCAGGUUUGUUUUAGGUGCAGGAGGAGGACUUCUACCUUCCAUUUCUCUUCUUUCGGCUCAUUGCAUCUUCCAUCUGUAUUAUUUGUAUGUAUGCACUAAGUGUCCAGAAUGUAGAGAGACUUCUUACUGUGUGGUGGUCCAAGGCAUGCAAUGAUGUUUCGCUUUGUAUCUUUGUCACAAGUGGUCGAUUCUAGAUGUUUAAUUUCAAGGUAAAGUGAUUAAAAGCUACAGCAGCAGA